AUGACUGAAAUACACACUCCUUAUUCUUCCUUGAAGAGACUGUUAUCUUUCCUCAAUGGCUUCAUGGCUAUGUCUGGGGUGAUCGUCAUUGGCCUAGGUAUCUAUGUCAAGUUCAGAGGGGCUGUCCUCACAAGAAUCCUCCGGCUGCCCUCUGCAGCCCUGCUCCAUGUUGGCCACCUGUGUCUGACGAUGGGCUGCAUCGUGGUGCUGCUUGGCUUCAUUGGGUGGUACGGAGCAACCAAAGAAAGCUGAGGCACUCUCUUGUUUUGCUUCUUGCGCAUGGUUGUCAUUCUCACUGUGGAAAUCACAGUUGCCAAAGUGGUCCUUGCCUUUCUCCCAAUUGUAAAAGUAGCCCUGGAACACAACUUUGUGACCCUGAAAAAUUAUAGAGGUUACAGUGAACCAGACGACUAUGCCACAGAAUGGAACGUGGUCAUGAAGAAGCUGAAGUGCUGUGGGGUGAAAAGCUACACAGAUUUUUCUGGCUCCUCCUUUGAAAUGACGACUAGCUGCACCUACCCCAGGAGCUGCUAUAAAUCGAUCGAUCCUGUGUCUGUCUAG